CGUCGGGAGUGUGUGAAACAGCAGUGGUCCAUGAAUCGUGCGUUUUCAUCAGUAUUGCUUGUAAGUUACCCAUAUAUAUAAAAAUAUAACGUUCGCGCUGAUGCAUUAUACAAUUUUGAAAGUAGGUAACAGAACGCCAUAAGCAGUAAGAAUCUUGUCCAAAUAAUUCCAUAAUAAAAAACACGCCCAUUCCUCAAGCUAUCUGGAGACGUGGCCCCUCCACUGAACAAACUGCGCAGACUUCCUUGCAUCCCUCAGGUUUGAAAACCGCUGAUCUGUAUCACGGCAGGGUAAUGGAGAGGAUCCCUUUAAGUAUGGGCAGCUUGCGAACCCUGCCAUGGUAUGUGGCAGGUUCUCAGGUGGUAGGGGUGGCAUGCGUGGUAAUCACAGGUGUGUGGAUGGGACAUUACCGUGGAGGCUACGCCUGGGAUGGCUCAUUACAUGAGUUCAACGUCCACCCUCUCUGCAUGGUCCUCGGUCUGGUCUUCCUGUAUGGAGAUGCUGUCCUGGUUUAUCGCGUCUUCAGAAAUGAGAGUAAACGUUCUGUGAAAAUUCUUCAUGCUCUGCUGCAUAUGAUGGCCCUUAUUAUCAGUAUUGUGGGUUUAGUGGCUGUAUUUGACUUCCAUUCAACGGCUAAGAUUCCCGACAUGUACUCUCUUCACAGCUGGUGUGGCAUGCUCACUUUUGUUCUGUUUUUCCUGCAGUGGCUGCUGGGAAUGGGGUUUUUCCUGUUCCCCUGGGCAUCUGCACAGUUGAGGAGUUGGUAUCUCCCACUCCACAUCUUCUUUGGCCUAUUGUUGCUGGCCAUGUCUGUGGGAACCUGUUUGCUGGGCAUCACAGAGAAACUGCUCUUCAGUAUCAUGCCGACAUACUCCAAGUUUGCCCCUGAGGGGGUUCUAGCAAACAUCUUGGGUUUGCUGCUGGUGUGCUUUGGGAUUCUGGUGGGCUACGUGGUGACGAGAGAAGAUUUCAUGCGGCCACCAAAUCCAGAAGAGGAGGCUCUGUCUGUGCACUUUAAGACCCUGUCAGAAGGGGAAAUUUCCAGCUCUCCUUAAAGUCUGAAUAUGAAUGCCAUAAACUGCCUUUAACACUCUAUAACUGCCUUCCUAGUGGUGUCUGUGCCAACCUGUCAGAAAGUUCUUGUUUGUGAUUCAUGGCUGUAAUAUGGUAACAGCUGAUGGUAUCGGAAGAGUUACAAAAUAUAUAUUUUUUGGAUUGGCAGUGACUUUAACUGAAGUGUUUGUGUUGGAUACCCCCUUGUGUCAUAUGGAAGUUAUAGCAGGAUUAAGCCACGGCAUCUUCCUGCGUUUAAUCUUCCUGCAGUUAAAUUGCCACCUUACAAAAUAAAUACUUUUUUUAUUUUUUUUACUGUUAUGUUAUCUCACAUACAUUAUAUAUAUAUAUAUAUGUAUGUGUUUGUAUUAUUAUAUGAAUAAUUAUAUGCUGUUAAAAUUUUAAAUUCACUCAUAAGUUUAAGGUUUCUAACUGAGCCAAAUUAAAUUGACAAGAAAUGUCAGUGCUAUAUAAUUUCAUAUAUUGUGUCCUUUAAUGCAUUGGAUUAUUUAAUAAAUCAGGGUGUUGUUUCUUGUGCCUUAGUUAUUAUUUGUAUCAGAUUGUGCAAAAAAAAAAAGAAAAAUUUGAAGUGUACAAUUAAGAAAUGCAGUAGUUCCUGCCACUGUUAAAUAAAUUAUAAUAUAAUAUUCAUAGUAAUAUAAAUUAUAUAUAUAAUUUCAGUUGUUAUGAAUAAAUACUGUCAGAAUAGGUUUACAUGCCAACUUUCCAUGAACUUUAUGUGUAUGUUGUAAUUAUCUGGAAAUAUGUGCAUUUACUCAGAAACGGUACAUACAGUAGUUCUUGUUACUUAGACUCCCAUUUAAAAAGUAAUGACUUUCAAUGCCAAAAAUUAACUGAUAAGACUAACUGACCCAAACAGAGUAGUUCAGUGUCUUAAGUCUUUGUGUUGCGCUUGAACGUUUUCCUGUGUCUUGGUUAAAUAAGCUGGAAAAUAUACUGAUUGUUAUGUAUGGGAUUAUCUCACUAAUUUCUUUAGUUAUGUUGUUAGUGUAUGUUUGGCAGGUGGCCUUGUUCUGUAUUUUUGUAUUAGUGUGUUUGAAUUCUGUAUUUGACUAUUGCAUGUGUGGUUCCCACCGAUACUGUAUUAAAAGUGUUUAUAUAAUGCUUGCGUAAUCAUUAAAUGUGAUUAAGGAUCUAUACCAAGUAGUAGUUUUUCCAAGUUGAUAAAAUCAAAUAAAAAUAAAUUU